UAAUAACCCAAAAUGGCCAAUCCCAUUCUCUUCAGUCUACUCUUCUCUCCUUUCACGCCAUUUUUUCUUCUUCUUGUUUCGCAUUUAAGAUAGGAUUUACUCCAACUACCACUGCACUACUUCCCUACUUUCUCACCCACCUCUCUUUCUCUUCAAACCCAUCCUAAAUCCCCCUUCUUUUCUUUUCAUUCUGAGAUUUGUGGUCGUUUUGUUCUUCUUACAUGGCUGUUUGGACUAGAAAAUCACUAAAUGUUGUCAACCAUUUCGUUUCAAAGCUAGGUUUUUUGACCAAGAUCAACCGGAGUUCUUCGUCUUAUUCUUUCCAUCAAACACAUCCAUUUUCAGAUGCGUGUGCUCCAAAUCUGAAAAUCCCAGCUGUAAAUAUUGUUAAUAAUACGCCAACCCAUUUCGCUUUUUAUCGUUUUGAAUCCACCAAAGCUGAGAAACAGUCGGAUUCUUUUCAUGAUUUUUAUGCCAAUCCACAGGUCUUGGAUUUCUCAGGAGGAAAAAUUGCAUUCACUCCCGAAUUGAAGUUCAUAUCUGAAUCUCCUGAAGAGAGGGUACCCUGCUAUAGGGUCCUUGAUAACAAUGGGCAGAUUAUUUUAGGCAGCACUUAUGUACAGGUAAAUAAAGAAGUAGCUCUGAAAAUGUACAGUGAAAUGGUCACACUUCAAGUGAUGGAUAAUAUUUUCUAUGAAGCUCAAAGACAAGGGAGAAUUUCCUUUUAUCUAACCACAAUUGGAGAAGAAGCCAUCAACAUUGCAUCUGCUGCAGCACUAACUCUUGACGACCUUAUCUUUCCUCAGUAUCGGGAACCAGGAGUUCUAUUAUGGCGUGGUUUCACCCUGCAAGAAUUUGCAAAUCAGUGUUUUGGUAACAAAGCUGAUUACGGGAAAGGCAGGCAAAUGCCUAUACACUAUGGAUCUAACAAGCUCAAUUACUUCACCAUCUCAUCACCGAUCGCUACACAAAUUCCUCAGGCCGUUGGUGCUGCAUAUUCAUUAAAGAUGGACAAAAAAGAUGCUUGCGCUGUAACUUAUUUUGGUGAUGGCGGGACAAGUGAGGGUGACUUUCAUGCGGCUUUAAACUUUGCGGCAGUUAGGGAGGCACCGGUUGUAUUCAUCUGCCGAAAUAAUGGUUGGGCUAUAAGUACACCAACAGAAGAUCAAUUUCGAAGUGAUGGCGUUGUUGUUAAGGGCCAGGCAUAUGGAAUCCGAAGUAUUCGAGUAGAUGGUAAUGAUGCGCUUGCAGUGUACAGCGCUGUUCAUGCUGCACGUAACAUGGCAAUUCGUGAACACAGACCAGUCUUAAUUGAGGCACUAACCUAUCGAGUGGGACACCACUCAACAUCUGACGAUUCAACCAAGUACAGAUCAGCGGAAGAGAUUGAAUGGUGGAGAUUGUCACGUGACCCUGUUACUCGGUUUAGACAAUGGAUCGAAAGUAAUGGUUGGUGGAAUGCUGAGGCUGAAUCGGAGCAUAGACACAAUGUGAGAAAACAGAUGUUACAAGCAAUUCAAGUGGCUGAGAAAGUGGAGAAACCAGCAGUUGCAGAUCUUUUUACAGAUGUCUAUGAUGUUCCUCCCUCCAACCUUGUUGAGCAAGAGAAGUUGCUGAGGUUAGCUGUCAAAAGAUAUCCAAAUGAAUACCCAUCAGAUGUUCCUCUCUAGUAUAUAUACAUACAUAUAUAUUUAUAUACAUAUAUAUGUAGCUGCUGCAACUUUGAGGCCCUGAAAUCUAUCGAUAUAAUAUUAUGUUCUGCUUAAUGGCAAUAGUACUAGUGCCAAGGCCAAGUUAUGCAGACUAAGAAACUGGCCUGAGACUUAGUAUGACAUUUUUAGAAACAAAUGUAUAAGUAGCUUUACACUGAUGUAACAUGGAAUGUUCAGCUAUAAUUAAACAUAACAAGCAAUGGUAUGAUAUAAAUUGUUUCAUCAUGUUCAA